AUGUACAGCACCCAGUACUUCGUUGUUGCUCCUUUUGCCUGGAUUACUGCAAGACAGCAGCCGCCGCAGCAGCAGCAGAGACAGCAGCCGCCGCCGCAGCAGCAGAGACAGCAGCCACCGCAGCAGAGACAGCAGCCGCCGCAGCAGAGACAGCCGCAGCAGCAGCAGAGACAGCAGAAGCCGCAGCAACAGCAGAGACAGCAGCAGCAGAGACAGCAGAAGCCGCAGCAACAGCAGAGACAGCAGCAGCAGAAGCCACAGCAGCAGCAGAAGUCGCAGCAGCAGCAGAAGUCGCAGCAGAGGCAGCAGCAACCUUUGCAGCCUAGAGGUUUUCCUGCUUCACAACCAGUACCUCUACUUUCGGUCAUCCCUAUUCAUCCUCCUCAGCCAAUUCCAAGCCUGUAUGAUACUACACCUCGUACGUUGGUGCCACCUUCCAAGAUGCAGUUUCCAGCAAAGACGAGGAGGUCCAGUCUUAAGCUGACACCAGCAACGAUGCAAGACUACGCUGCGAUGACACCCCAGACAUUUCCACAUACCUGUUGUCUUUGUAACAAAGCAUGUGCCGCGAUGAAGGAUUGGCUUUUCCACCAAAAUUCCAGCUUGCAUCUCGAGAACUGCAAACUGCUGACACAACACCCAAACUGGAAUGAUGAGAAGGUGUUAUCGAGCGCUCCAAGUAAAAAUGCCCAGCUCUCGUCUUCAACGUCUGCCCAGAAUCGUCACCAGAAAUCCAGACAUGACAGCCCUUCCCGCUCACACAGUCCUCUCCGCCAACAUGGCUCAGAGGAAAGAAGGGAUAAACGGUUUGGUCGUUCCCGUUCACGCAGUCCAUGCUAUGAUAGAAGACAGAGGCACAGUAGCUCUUCUCGCAGUCCGCAUCAACGCCGUACCUCUGAAAAUAGACGAGACCGGCAUGGCAACAGAUCACAGUCGCCAUAUGGAGCGAGGCAGUCUCACAGGGCUCUGCCUCGGUCCCUCUCCCCACAGCAUGGCCGGCCUACCGCCUCCCGUUACCGUUCACGUUCGAGGAGUUUCGAGAGACAAUCUCUACCCGGUAAAGAGAAAUGGUCGCCACCAAGGAGGAGCCACGAGCACCGAUCGCCUCUAAGGAGAAGCAUUGACAAACGCUCCUCGCCCAGGAGAAAUCAUGAAAAGCGAUCCUCUACGGAUAAGACUCAGCAAAGGUCAACAAGCUCAGAGAGACUGGCUAAGAAACUACUGGAAACACCAGCUGUCCAGUCUCUGUCCAGAGAGUCUGACUUGGCGACUGUGGUUAAGACACUCGCCCCCGCUUUGCUGGCUGAGCUGAAUAAGUUGCAAUCAUCUUCUUCGUCUGCUUUGUCAUCAACGUCCUCUAAAGUGGCAAGGAAGCCUCAUUCGACCAAAACGAGGCCCAGCCUUCCAAAGAGCAGUUCUUCAACAAAACCUACG